AUGAGUCCGAAUGACGUGGCCGAGAAGCUGGCUGACGCCUCGUUGGCUGACGCCGCGCCAGCAGCCGACGCCGCUGCCGCCGCUUCCGCGAAACCCGAGAAAGCCGCCAAAGCGAAGGGUGCUGACAAGGCCGCCGCCGCCGCGGCUGCCGCUGCGAAAGAGGCGGCGAAGAUCGCGCCGGAGAUUCAGGCGUUUUUCAAGAGGAGGAUCGAGAUGUUCGAGGCGCUUCAGAAGGAGCAGGCAGAGCAGAGGGCGAAGAUCGCUGGCGAUCCGAUCAAGAUCACCCUGCCCGACGGUGCUGUGAAGGAGGGCAAGAAGUGGGAGACCUCCCCGAUGGACGUGGCGAAGGGCAUCUCGCAGGGACUCGCCAACAGUGCCAUCAUCUCCAAGGUGGAUGGCGUGUUGUGGGACAUGUGUCGCCCCCUGGAAGGUGACUGCGCGCUGCAGCUGUUCACGUUUGAGGACGACGAGGGGAGGGACACCUUCUGGCACUCCAGCGCUCAUAUUUUGGGAGAGGCUCUGGAGCAGGAGUACGGGUGCCACCUAUGCAUUGGGCCGUGCACGACACGAGGCGAGGGGUUCUACUAUGAUGCGUUUUACGGGGAACGCACGCUCAACGACGAGCAUUUCAAGGCCAUUGAGGGCAAGGCGGGCAAGGCAGCCAAGGAGAAGCAGGCGUUUGAGCGGAUCGAGGUGACGCGGCAGCAGGCGCUCGAGAUGUUCGCUGAUAACCCCUUCAAGGUGGAGAUUAUCAAGGACCUCCCAGAGGACAAGACCAUCACCGUGUACCGCUGCGGGCCCUUGGUUGAUCUGUGCCGUGGCCCCCACAUCCCCAACACUUCCCAUGUCAAGGCUUUCGCCUGCCUCAAGGCAUCAGCAUCGUAUUGGAGGGGGCAGUCAGACAGAGAGAGCUUGCAGCGAGUGUACGGCAUCUCCUAUCCCGACAGCAAGAAGCUCAAGGAGUACCUGCACGUGUUAGAGGAGGCCAAGAAGCGAGAUCAUCGUGUUGUUGGACUUGCGCAGGACCUCUUCUUCUUCCACCCGCUUAGCCCCGGAAGCUGCUUCUUUCUACCGCACGGCGCGCGGAUAUACAACAAGCUCGUUGGGUUCAUCCAGGGCGAAUACAGGAAGCGAGGCUACCACGAGGUAGUCACCCCCAACAUGUUCAACAUGGAGCUGUGGAACAUCUCAGGCCACGCGGCCAACUACAAGGAGAACAUGUUUGUGUUCGAUGUGGAGAAGCAGGAGUUUGGGCUCAAGCCCAUGAACUGCCCCGGCCACUGCCUCAUGUUCGCCCACCGCGUGCGCUCCUACCGAGAGCUGCCACUCCGCUUCGCUGACUUCGGGGUGCUGCACCGCAACGAGCUCUCUGGUGCUCUCACGGGCCUCACACGCGUGCGACGGUUCCAGCAGGACGAUGCGCACAUCUUUUGUGAGGAGACCCAGGUGGAGGCAGAAGUCAGUGACGUGCUGGACUUCCUGCAGACCGUCUACGGCAUCUUUGGCUUCACCUUCGACCUGGAGCUAUCCACGCGCCCAGAGAAGCAUCUGGGGGAGGUGGAGACGUGGGACCGCGCCGAAGCGGCCCUCACGAAGUCCCUAAACGCGUUCGGGCGGCCGUGGCAGAUCAACGCGGGCGACGGGGCGUUCUACGGGCCCAAGAUUGACAUCACGGUGUAUGAUGCGCUCAAGAGGAAGCACCAGUGCGCCACCAUCCAGCUCGACUUCCAACUGCCCAUCCGCUUCAAAUUGGAAUACUCGGCGGACGACGAGGCCGCAGGCAGGAAGCGACCGGUCAUCAUCCAUCGUGCCAUCCUGGGUUCAGUGGAGCGCAUGUUUGCCAUCCUCCUGGAGCACUUCGCUGGCAAGUGGCCCUUCUGGCUGAGCCCUCGCCAGGUCACCGUGUGCCCCGUCUCUGAGAAGUACUCGCAAUACGCCACCAAGGUGCGGGAUGAGAUCCAUGCUGCUGGCUUUGAUGUCGAGGCCGAUCUCUCCGACCGGAAGCUUCAGAAGAAGGUGCGGGAGGCCCAGCUGGCCCAGUUCAACUACAUCCUGGUAGUGGGCGCGGAGGAGGAGGCACAGGGCUCGGUGAAUGUUCGCACAAGGGACAAUGUGGUUCAUGGCACAAAAGUACCGCCAACGUACAAAGCGGUGCUGAGCGGCAUCCCUCCCGACCAGCAGCGGCUGAUUUUCGCCGGCAAGCAGCUCGAGGACGGCCGCACUCUUGCCGACUACAACAUUCAGAAGGAGUCGACGCUGCACUUGGUGCUGCGGCUGCGAGGAGGAAUCAUCGAGCCUUCUCUCAUGGCGCUCGCUCGCAAGUACAACGCCGAUAAGAUGAUCUGCCGCAAGUGCUACGCUCGCCUGCACCCGCGCGCUGUGAACUGCAGGAAGAAGAAGUGUGGCCACACCAACCAGCUGAGGCCCAAGAAGAAGAUCAAGUAG